AUGGACCAUCCAGAGGGUCUCACCAAGGACGGAUACGAACUACAGUCCGGAACGAACUUCCUUGGCCACGCUCUCCUUAUCCGGCUGCUCCUGCCCAUCAUGCAGCGAACCGCGCUGCAGACGGGGCCGGGGGACGUCCGCGUCGUGAGUCUGACAUCAGGGUCACAUGCUCGAGCGCCGCUGGCGGGGAUUCUAUUUCACUCGCUCAAGACCGACGCCAGCUCCCUCUCAGCAGUCGAAAGGUAUGGCAAGAGCAAGCUAGCCAAUGUCUUAUAUGCCAAGGAGCUGGCCUACAGAAUCCCUGAUAUUCGAAUAGCAUCUGUAAAUCCAGGAAUGGUGAGAACAGGUUUGACAGAUGUGAUGGGCAAGAACAACUUGACCUAUCGUGUGAUUCUGUCUGUCUUGUCUCCCAUUAUGGGGGUCUCGGUUGAGAAGGGAGUCAAGGCGCAGCUCUGGGCAUGGAACUCCCCGGAGUACAUCUUGAAGAACUCGGUCGGCUCGGUGGGAUGGUUUCUAGUGACGUCGUGA